AUAUCUACUAUAGAAAAGUACCUAUUAAAUAGCUAUACGUAGAUAUAUAUAAUAUAAAACUUUCACAUAUACAUACAUACAUACAUACAGACAUACGUAAGACAUACAAGCAAAUAAUAUUUCAGUUUCAAGUGUCGUGAAUUCAAUUCAUUUUUGUUAAACUUGUGUUAGCCGCGCCGUACGCGACGCCCCGCUGCGCCCGCAAUAGCUGGGAAAAUGCUAGAAAAAUGCCCAAGAUGCUUACUACAUGCGACAAGUUGAUGACACAUUUUACCGUUAUUGUGACCGCAUUCCUGCUACUCCAUUGCAUCGGUUUUUCACCGUUUACACCGCUAACGUUGCGUGGCGUACAGGCCACUCCCGAGGAUGAAGCCGUUGGCAAAUGGGCAAUGCAAUUCGGCGAUGAAUUGUGGGAAUUAGCGCAACGCAUGACCAAAUCUCAAGAGAUAAAGGCCAAAUAUAAAGAAUACAAUGCACGUGUCGAAUUGAAGAAUGGCACCGACCUCAUUAAAUCCAUCACAGCGAAUGUGGGGCGCAUGUUUUCGCGCAAAAUGGAAGCGGUACGUUGUAUACAACAAAAAGCCGAGGCCGUCAAUGAAGAAUUCGAAUUUAACUAUACAUAUGCGGCGGAAAAUUAUCAAUAUUACUCGAGCAAAUUUUCAAGUUUCGAGGGUAAUCCAGCUGAGAAUUUAACGGAGGGUAUGAUGGAAUAUGCGUGGAAGUAUUUAAAUUUUACAUUAAAUCCGGAUACGCAUUUUUAUAAUAUAUCUGUUGAUACCGAACACAGUUCCGUCCAUGUACCAUCUAAUAUAUUUGAUGGUGCGAGAGAUGUUCUGAAGACAAUUAUGUGGUCUGAAACAUUGGAUGACGUCUUCAAGCAAAACUAUCAAUCAGAUCCGGCGCUAUCGUGGCAAUACUUUGGCUCCGAUACAGGCAUAUUACGGCACUAUCCUGGCCUACAAUGGCAAAAGCGCGGCGAUCCGGAGAAUGCCGACAUCUAUGAUUGCCGCAAACGUUCGUGGUAUAUUGAAACUGCCACCUGUUCCAAGGAUAUUGUCAUUUUAUUGGACAAUUCUGGUUCGAUGACCGGUUUCCGCAAUCAUGUUGCCAAAUUUACAAUACGCAGUAUUUUGGAUACUUUCUCGAAUAAUGAUUUUUUUACGAUUUUCAAUUACUCAGCAACCGUCUCUGAUAUAAUACCAUGUUUCAAGGAUGCGCUAGUACAAGCCACACCCGAAAAUAUAAAUGUUUUCAACGAUGCCAUUGAAGAGAUCAAACCCGAGGGUUAUGCGAAUCUAUCGGUGGCUUAUGAGAAAGCAUUUCAACUUUUGAAAAAAUAUUAUAUCGAACGACGUUGCAACGAAACGUCCACCUGUAAUCAAGCUAUUAUGGUAGUCACCGAUGGCGUUGCUGGCAAUACCACCGAGAUUUUUGAAAAAUACAAUUGGGGUAAUGGUGAAAAUGGCACAAUGAAUAUGAAUAUACGCAUAUUUACAUAUUUGCUGGGUAAGGAGGUGACGAAGGUGCGUGAGAUCCAAUGGAUGGCGUGCUUAAAUCGUGGUUAUUAUUCGCAUGUACAAACACUUGACGAGGUGCACGAGGAGGUGCUGCGAUAUGUUGAUGUUAUAGCUACGCCGUUGGUAUUACAGAAUGAAGAACACCCACCGACAUGGACGCAUUCGUUUACGGAUCGAACGUAUGAACCGCGGGCAAAUGAUACGGGCACACGUCUUAUGAUUGCAGUGGGCGUACCGGCUUUUGAUCGAUCGUAUCUCAAUGAGAACUCUACAAAACGUGCACGUCUACUUGGUGUAGCGGGAACGGAUGUGCCGGUGGAAGAUAUUGAUAAAUUAACCCUGCCUUACAAGCUUGGCGUAAAUGGCUAUUCAUUUGUGGUCUCAAAUAAUGGCUAUAUGCUUUUGCAUCCAGACUUACGGCCCAUGUCAAAGAAAACCGGCAUGCUGAACCCCAAUUACAACAGCAUAGAUUUCACCGAAGUGGAACAUCUCUAUGAAGAUUUGGAGCCACGUCAGUCUGGCGAGUCUAUACUUUUACUACGCAGCGCCAUGGUGCAAUACCAAUCAGGUGAAUUUAAGGAUAUAAGUGUUAAAUUCCACUAUGAUGACAUGCGUCGUGUGUCCGAAGAGAAACAAGACUACUUCUUUGCCCCACUACCGAAUACGCCUUUUUCAUUGGGCAUUGUGCUGCCGAGUGAAUAUGGUAAGACGUGGAUAAAAGUUGGUGAAGAAGUAUUAAAAAACAAGCAUAUGAAAGUCAAUAUAUCGGACUAUUUUACGGGCGACAACUGGAAAGUGCAUCCGGCUUGGGUCUACUGCAAGUAUCACUAUCUGGAAGGUCAUGAAUUCAAGACGCCCGAAGCUGAGUUGCGGCACUUUUUGGCAAAAAUGUUACAAAAUGAUUGGAAAUGGUCGGAGCAGUACGAGGAGGAUGUCUCGGAUCGUGAUGACAACGAAGAAUUGAAUUGUGGACGCAUUACGCUCGACGAAGAUGCCUACUAUUGCAAUAAGGAGCUUGUACAUCUACUCAUCUUCGAUGCCAAAGUUACGAACUCCAGUUAUGGUCAGUGGAAAUUCGCCAACGAUGAGGAACGCAGUUUGAUUGAAGGCUUUGGAGCGACGCUACGUUUUGUCGCUACUAUGAGCGGCCUGACACGUUGGCAAUUUAUUUACGGCGAGGUGGAAGUGGAAAAUGAUCAGGAAUUUGGUGAUUAUCAUACGGCAGCCAUUGAUGAGACGUGGUACAAAAGCGCCAUAUUACAACAUCAUCAAGAGCGCACCGAAAGUUUCGUCUAUAUGGUUAAGCAUGCUAAUGACCCAAUGGAGGCUAACGAAUUGAUGGUGACGGCAUCCCAUGCAAUAUUUCCACGUGAUGGUGGUAAGGAAGCACCGGCCUGUGUGGUUGGUUUCCAAUUCUCACAUGCUCGUAUGAUGGAUCGAUUUUUCAAUAUCACUUCGGUGGAUAAUUGCAAUGGCUGCAUAAAAACCUGUACGAGCGACGAAAUCGAAUGCUAUGUCAUAGACAAUAAUGCUUAUAUUGUGAUAGCGCAAAAUGUCAAUCAUACUGGCAAAUUCUUUGGCGAAUAUCAAGGCGAUGUCAUGUCUGCCAUGGUGGAGAAAAAUUACUUCCAGGCCAUUGAUGUUUUCGACUAUCAGGCAUUAUGUCGCAUCGAUGUGGAUGAUUCUAGUGAUGCGCAAUCGUUGCUGCAUCCAAUUAGACUGUUUAGCAUAGGCUGGCGCUGGCUAGUAGCGCAACUCUUCUGGCAAUAUGCACGCGUCAAAUGGUGGGUGGACGGUGCGCCAUUUUUGGAGUAUUCCGAUGAAAUCGAUGAUGACUACGAAGCCGUUCCUGAUGCUUUUCCACGUCAACCCCAAAGACCGAAAGAUGUUAGCGACGAUGGCAAAUUGCUAUUCGAAAUGAAGAAACCCGAUCCGGUAUAUGAACCUUGCGAUACGCGUUCAAGACUUUAUGUCUUACAACCAAACUCGCUCGAGGACAUAAAUGACUAUAUUAAAGUGCCACAUUCACGUCCGUUUUAUUUAAAGAAAAUACCGAAUACCAAUCUUUUGUUGGUGGUGGUAAAUGUUUUAAUGCCAUCGAAAGGUAUGCGUUUGAGUACGGAACCUGAACGUAUAGAAUAUGAUAAAGAAUUUCCGUGUUAUAAAUUAAAUAUGAGCUUUUAUGAGCGAAGACGUUUGGAGGAAUGCUUUACGCAGCAUCCAGAGGAGGAAAAAUAUACAUAUUGUGGCGAUGCGACAGCCCUACGUUUGGACAUUGUAAAUAUUUUUAUGGCCAUAUUUAUAUUUUUAUUAACGCGCUAUUUACGCACUUAAAACUUUGUAAAUAGUAAUAAAUUAUUUUAUUUAUUUAUUUAUUUAUUCACGAGACUAUCGAACGAAAGUAUAUGUACUUAUGUGUAUUUACAAAUUUUUAAAGAUGAAAAUAAAAAAAGAAACAAAACAAAAAAUAAAAACAAAAGUACCCUAUAGCAAAAAAGAAAUUAAGAGACGAAAUGCAUUGUACGAGUAAUUUAAUGACACAAACAAUUUAGCACAAUCCUCUUUACUAAAUAUAUUGAUGACGACUAUAAAUGCUCCUAGCGUUCUCUCUUAUGUGAAAUACCAUGUAGACUUACAACGGAAACGCCAAAAGAAAAAAAUGAACAAAAUUACUAAAAACAAACAAAAAUUAUUUAAAAGAAAUAGUUAUAUAAAAACGAAGAAAAAAAUAAAAAAUAAAAUAAAACAAACCAAAAAUAAAAUGCAAAUGAAAAUAGUAGAAAAAAAUUGCUGGAAAAACUGGCUAAAAACUGUUUAGUUUUUUUACUGUAUACACUUGUCUUGUACUUAUGUAUUGUAUGUAUGAAUGUAGGACUAAAUAUUUGAAACCGAAGUUAACUUUUCAUCUUCUGCUUUCCGACGAUAAUCAAGUUUUUAACAGACGAAAACUGAAAUUUUUUAAAAAUCAUUUUGAAUAAAAAAACAAACAAACAUACACACAACCACAACCUUUACAUAUAUACAUAUAUGAGGCACAUUUUCACACCACACGCACACACAUGCACACAUACACACAUACGCACAUUUCUAAUGUAAACUUUAAGUGAAAGAAUAAUUCACAAGCAUAACAAAAGCAAAAACACAAACAAAAGCAACAACAAAAACAAAGAGAAUUUGUUUCAGACAAUGUAAAACGUAUUUGCCAAAGAAGCACAAAAGAAAUAUUAAGUAAAAAAAAAA